AUGAAGGACCUAGAUGCUAUCAAGCUCUUUGUGGGGCAGAUCCCCCGGAACCUCGAGGAGAAGGACCUCAAGCCCCUCUUCGAGCAGUUCGGGCAGAUCUACGAGCUGACGGUGCUGAAGGACCGAUACACUGGCAUGCACAAAGGUUGCGCCUUCCUUACAUACUGUGCCCGAGAUUCGGCCAUCAAAGCUCAGACAGCGCUACAUGAACAGAAGACGCUCCCUGGGAUGGCGCGGCCAAUCCAGGUAAAGCCGGCGGACAGCGAGAGCCGUGGAGGGGACAGGAAGCUCUUUGUGGGAAUGUUGAACAAGCAGCAAUCUGAAGAAGACAUCCUGCGCCUCUUUGAACCUUUCGGGGUAAUUGACGAAUGCACGGUGCUCAGAGGGCCCGACGGCAACAGCAAAGGCUGUGCCUUUGUUAAAUUCUCCUCUCACACGGAGGCCCAGGCAGCGAUCCACGCCCUUCAUGGCAGCCAAACUAUGCCUGGCGCUUCCUCCAGCCUUGUGGUGAAAUUUGCCGACACGGACAAAGAGAGGACCCUCCGGCGCAUGCAGCAGAUGGUGGGGCAGCUGGGGAUCCUCACGCCUUCCUUUGCGCUGCCCUUCACCCCGUACAGCGCAUAUGCUCAGGCUCUGAUGCAGCAGCAGACCGUCCUCUCGGCAUCUCAUGGAAGCUUCGUCAGCCCAAGCCUCACCUUCUCCCCCUGCCACAUCCAGCAAAUCGGCACCGUCAGCCUAAAUGGCUUGCCAGCCACUCCAAUCUCUCCUCUUUUAGCUCAGAACCCAUCGGUAGCAGAGACUAUGCACCCAGCCUUCACGGGAGUCCAGCAGUAUGCAGGCCCAGCUGUCUACCCAGCCACCACCAUCACCCCGGUAGCUCAGCCCAUCCCUCAGCCCCUUCCAAUAAUUCAGCAGCAGCAAAGGGAAGGCCCCGAAGGAUGCAACCUUUUUAUCUACCACCUCCCUCAGGAGUUUGGCGACAACGAGCUCAUGCAGAUGUUCCUUCCCUUUGGCAACAUCAUCUCCUCCAAAGUUUUCAUGGACCGGGCAACGAACCAGAGCAAAUGCUUCGGCUUUGUGAGUUUCGACAACCCAUCCAGUGCCCAGACAGCCAUCCAGGCUAUGAAUGGGUUCCAGAUCGGCAUGAAAAGAUUGAAGGUGCAAUUGAAGCGGCCUAAGGACGCCAGCCACCCCUACUGA